AUUUCAUCCCCAAAUUCCUUUUACUCGGCGUGAACGGACGAACCCUUUUCGAGUUUAUAGCAGCAUUCUCAGCCACACCAUUUGGGUGUUCAUUGCUUAGAGAAGAUAUUAUCAAUGGCGGACAAGGCAGUUACUAUCAGGACCCGCAAAUUCAUGACUAAUCGUCUGCUUUCCAGGAAACAAUUCAUCAUUGAUGUUCUUCAUCCUGGCCGUGCUAAUGUCUCUAAGGCAGAAUUGAAAGACAAACUAGCUGGCAUGUAUGAUGUGAAGGACCCAAACUCUAUCUUUGUCUUCAAAUUCCGUACACAUUUCGGAGGAGGCAAAUCAACCGGUUUUGGAUUGAUUUAUGAUUCAGUUGAUAGUGCGAAGAAAUACGAGCCCAAAUAUAGGCUCAUCAGGAAUGGAUUGGCAACCAAAGUUGAAAAAUCUAGAAAACAAAUGAAAGAAAGAAAGAACCGUGCUAAAAAGAUUCGUGGUAUUAAGAAGACCAAGGCUGCUGAAGCUGGAAAGAAGAAAUGAAGAGUUGUUGAGGUUGAGAUUGCGGUAUAUGUUAGUCACCUUAGCCCCAUUUUGGCUCAUCUUCCCUUUGAAGUGUGCUUAUAUUCCUCUUUUGUUUUUGUUCCUUGUUCACCCAGACUAGUGAUAGUGACUUUAUAGUUAAUGCUUUGAGACGGCUGGUGCGGGAAUAUGUUCUAAUAUUUGAUCAAAUGUUUAUGGAACUUCUGAUAGAUGAUUGCUUAUGUAAAACUAAUUUUUGCGACGA